GACAAGUCGAGUGUCCACAAAAUUCGCUUUUCUUUGCUCAAUUUUUCAGAACUAAUUUCGCUAUAAAUUAUCACUGCUCACUGGCGGAAUUUCGAUAUUAUUUUAUUUUUGCUUCAUUUCAUUAGAAACGGCUUAAAGAAGUGUACUUAAUCAAAUAUGGUUGGGAUAGACCGAAUGUUGGCCACCCGAAGUGUGUAGGUUGUGUGUAUUGUGAGUUGUUUUUAAGUGGGCUAGGUGAUAUCUUGGAGCCAGAUUUCUGCCAGCAUAAUGCACGAACUCCUCAAGCACGUGUUAACUGAACGGGAUCUGACGAGAGCUGGAGACAUCUUCGCCAUCCCAGACUCUGAUAUCGUAGAUGAUUUGAAUGAAGUGCUUAAGCAGAUAACAGACAUAUCUUCACGACCAGACUACAUCAGGAACGAUCGUGAUCAAGCACUGAUAGAGAUAUGUGUGACAAGAGUAACUUCCUGUAUCAAAGAGACAGGGACGCUGGAGAAGUACUGUGGAGCCCUGGUGGCUCUGCUGGAGUCCUGCCUGCAUCAUAACCUGAUGCCGGUGGGGCAUCUGAGGGAUGAUGACCCGCCCCAUGCCAAAAUAGCCUCAGAUGUUAUAGCUUGUAUUGUACUGGUCUCGUUUCCAUUGCAAGCCGACAAGGAAACGAGCGGUAACGCGGAUGUUAUGGAACUGUUCCUGCCCGUCGCGGUCCAGUUCCUGCACAAAGGGAACAGGGAGAUAUCGCGGCACAUGGCGCGCUACCUGUCCCUGGCCGCGGUGCAUCACGCAGUCUUGCUGAAGCCUCACGUGCAGACUAUCAUGGACUCUAUUAUGUCAGGCAACUACCCGCUCUGCCGUAUUCUGACCAACCUGUACGAAGUCUGCCCGGAGCCACUGGAAGGCCACGUCACGGCUCUAGUGUCGCUAUUACCGCACGCUGAGCCGGUGGAAAAGAGCUCACUUUUCGCCCUCUUUGAACAAAUAGCCGCGAGGCGACCGGAGGCGCUCAAAACUGCGAUACCACAGCUGCUUUCGUAUCUGUGCCCUAAUACUGCCAACCAGAACGACCCAGGCUGUAUGUGUAUUGAUCUCUUACAGGUGGUUGCCCGCGUCAGUCGCAGCCGCGCGGCGCUGGUGUCGGAGCACACGGCAGCCGUCAGACGCGCGUCACGCGCGCCGCACGCCACGCCGCGCGUCACCGAGCUCGUGGCUACCAUACUUGCUACACUUGGCUACACCAGCAGGGAGCGUGCUCAAGAAGCGUUAAACUUUGUUGUGGAGCGACUGUCGGGCGCGGAGUGGCCGGAGCAGGCCGCGCUGAUACGGGAGGCCACGGCGCUGUGUUCCGCAUACCCGGCUCUCUUCACCGACCGGCUCCUGGCCGCCCUGAGAGCUAACCACAGCAACAGACCAAAAUCGACUCACGGCGAAGUCAAUAGAACACCGGGUGGAGUCACAAUCGUCAAACUUGGGGGUCAAAACUCCACAACCACCACCAACACCCCAGUGUCCGUGGGGUCAACCGUGUCCCCAACAGUGACGACAGCCCCGGUGUCCUUAGGGUCAACUGUGACCCCUGUCAGUACAUCCGUGGCGCCGGUCACAGGGUACACGAGGCGGGCGAAAUUGGGUGAUUCGAGAAGUACGGGGCGAUUGCAUCCUGGGCCUAAUUCACAUAGGAGCAUGACAAGGUUGAAUGUUGCAGGUGGUUCAGUUGGAGGUCUUCACAAAAGCAUGACGCGAUUGUCAUCUUCACAGCAAAUUAACGCGCAGCAGAACAUGACUCCACCCAUAGUGGGCAGCAAGCCGACGGUGGCGAAGGCCGGCAGCGGCGGCGCGGUCACAGUCACCACCAUCUCCCCGCCGCUGGCCCCACGCGUGGCCUCCAGGCACCACCACCACAAUAUCAUCAUCGGACCAAACACUGCCACGAACUCCGGACCCACAGUAAUCCCCGGCCCGCCGUCGCUCCCAACACAAUCCAUAUCCGUUAACCCUCUAACGGGCAAGUCAUCCGACGCGCUCAUACCCACGUCAGUCUCCAUACAACAUUCCAACACCGCUCUCGGACAAGUCUCAGUGAUCACCUCGACGCCUAGCACCGGACCCGUCCUGACCCAAACCUGCGGGUCGGGGCCAAUCGCUGUCGGCUCCAACCCGAUCCCGAUCGGCCCCGUCACUGUAACCUCCCGACGAGCGAACAACACCAGUGUGACGAUGAUCAACUCUAGCAACUCGAAUAACUCCAACUCGAAUCACAGGAUAAGCGUUUUCGAGCCGUAUCCCAUGAGAGACACGGUGCAACACUUCUGUGAGAAACAUUUGGAUAAAAUUAAGGCGUACAUGGAUAAUGUAUCGCUGAGGAUACCACCGCCAGCUAAAUGCACGAUUGAAGAACGGAGAUCAAAGAAGCAAGCCCGGCUAUCCUUCGCAUGCGGUCGUCGCGGGCCGCACUGCCUGUACGCGCGAGCGGCGUUCUCGAUGCGGACGCGCGCGCCGCGGGUGUGGAUACACCUUAUGUUCCUGGCGUUACAAGCGCGUCACGCCGCGGCCUUGUCUUCCAGAGAUCCUACCGUGGCCAGCUUGAAACAUUGCUGGGACAUCCUCAAGUGUGAGAACAAGACCUUUCUCACACUAGUCACUGGCGCAUUUCCUGGACUUAAGGAGCAAGAAAUGUUACUAAACGAACUCCGAGCAGCGGGUUUCUUUGACGUUUUUGAAGUCAAUUCCACCCGAACGGAUGGGGGUAGCUUGCCUCCAACCCAGGCCACCUGGGGGUGUUUCCUCUGCAACCACCCCGAGCGGGCCGUGGGCUUCCUGGCGGCGGACGGGCAGCCCGUGAUAGAGGGGCAGCUGAAGGAGAAGAAGGGCCGCUGGAGAUUGUUUAGGCGAUGGCGUACGAGAUAUUUUACGCUGUCAGGUGCCCAUCUGUCGUGUAAAGGAGCGAGUGGAGGCGAGAGCAUAGACAUCAACCAGAUCCGAUCAGUCAAAGUGUCUCGGGGAGCGCGCAACAUUCCAAAAGCCUUCGAAAUCUUCACGGGAGACCAGACCCUCAUCCUCAAGCCCAAAGACGGUAAGAACGCGGAGGAGUGGGCCCAGUGCCUCAGUAUAGCCGUGGCCCACUCCCAGGCCAGGGACGCCCCGGCCAAGGCCAACAGUCUCCCCGCGCGGGGACUCACGCUCAAAAGCUUCUGACGACUGCUGCCCAAGGCCAAGUUUUAGGCCUCAUUCUAAUUGGACUGGCCUUUGAACUUUGACCAGUUUGGCCAAUGCGGGAAAUAGCCGUGAAAUUCAGUGGAUGGAAGCAAAGCUUCUUACGCCUUGUAAAACGCAUUCAAACUAAUAAUAUAAAACCUCUAUUUAUCAAAUGUCAAUUGAAAAUUACCUCUUUAGUAUGUCCUUAGUUUGAACGCAUUUAUUCUGUCUCAUUCAUUCAUAUUGGCUGCCCAGCAACAAUACGCGCUGCCCAGCCAAUAUGCGUUUCAUCGCCGCGUUCGUUCAUUUCACUUUUUGCAAGCGGAGCCCUGCAUCCCAAACGUUUUUGAAAUACUCUAUUU